AGUCUUUUAAAGCGUUGACGCGCUGUAUCUAAAUAUUUGGGAGGAACUGCGUCAUUUACGGACAGGAUGACGCGUUCAGAUUCAGAUUUUUUUAACAGGUAAUAAAGCUGUGGAUGAAUGAAGACAUGGGUGACAAUAAAGGGAUGUAUCAGUGACAACAGAGCUGCAAUGAAGUUCUGCGUAAUUUUGCUCCUCAAGUCAUCGGUGACGGAACUGUGAUGCGCGCCGCGCAACAGCCUGCCAGCUCCAGCCUGUCCUGAAGGAAGCCAUCGCAGAAGGCAGCGCACAUUGUGUUCUGGCCAUCAAUGCAUGAGCGCAGAAAAAUCUUUGCACACUUGCAGGAAACGCAUGCGCGUAGAUGAAACCAACUGGUUUGUGUCAAAUCGAUGCAGACGGAUGUGAUCGAGCUGAAAAUCACCUGUAUUCUGGCAUUCAUGGUGACACACAGUCCAUGGGCUCAGAGCGGGCGGAGAUGCGCAAGAGACAGAUGCAGGUUCAUCAGGAAGCAGCUGCCAGUGUCCUCCAAGCGCGCCACAGAAUGGGAAACACCCCCACGAACGCCUCAAACGCCUGCUGCUUCUGCUGGUGCUGCUGCUGUAGCUGCUCCUGUUUGACUGUAAGAGGGGAAGACGAAACCAUACAGAGAUCUACAUUUGAACACAGGACAGAAGAGACAACCAAUAACUGUGAAGAAAGUCCAAAGCCCACUUUGGAAGACGCUAACUCUUGGGCAGUGUCGUUUGAAAGGGUGAUGAAAAGUGCAGCUGGACGGAGCUGCUUCAGGCAGUUCCUGAGGACAGAGUUCAGCGAGGAGAACAUGAUGUUCUGGCUCGCCUGUGAGGAGCUCAAAAAGGAGACUAACAAGAUUGUGGUGGAGGAGAAAGUACGUCAGAUCUAUGAGGACUUCAUCUCCAUCCUAUCUCCAAAAGAGGUCAGUCUGGAUUCACGCGUUCGAGAGGUGAUCAACAAGAACAUGCUGGAGCCGACCUCUCAAACAUUCGACGAUGCUCAGCAGCAGAUUUACACGUUGAUGCAGAGAGACUCGUACCCUCGUUUCAUAAACUCGUCCAUGUACACGGAUCUCCUCAAGAACCUGGAGGAGGCUCCUCCAGAGCCAUAGACUCUCCCCCCCACCCUGCCAGGCACUUCAGGUUGCGGCGCAUGCAUCCCACACAGAGAAGUUUCAUGUUCGUGUUGGCGUCCGGCUAUUUCCAGACCAACUGGUGGAGAACUGAAGACUCCCAGUCUGUGUCCAGCUGUAACUGCUGUUUAUUUACCCACCAUUAGCUUACCAAAACCCUCAGAGCAAACUAGAUCAAGCGCUAGGUUCAGCAUCAGUUACUGCAAUUGUUAAAAAGAAAAAAAAAAACAAAUCUAUAUUUUUAUAAAUACUCCCUAGCGCUCCACAUUGCACUUUUCUACCUUAUUUAGUGAAAGGAAGCAUGUAUCUGUAAGCACUGCAUUUGUAUUUAGGUGUAUUUGUGAGCCUUAAUGCAUUUCCAGUUCUUGUAGAAACGUCUAGGUUUUCUUUAACUGUAAUCCUAAAAAGAAGGAAAGUGCCUUGGAAUAACAUCUUCUACACAAGCAUCUUUGCUCAAACACGAAUGGUGCGACAGUGACUUCACACGUUGGUGCUUUCAGCUCUUUCUCAAAGACGAAACUUUGUACGACUCGAUGAGCUGACGCCCGGAAUCAAUCUCGCCUGUGUCCCAAUACUGUGAUGUUAGUCACAUAUUUCAUUUAAACCAAACAGGGAAGAAAGCAAACACUGAAUACAUGAUUAUGACCACUGAUAUUUGUGUAUUUAAAACCAAUUUGUGUGAAAUAGUUAUUUGAAUUCUCACAAUUUAAAUAAAGCACAAUCAGAUCA